AUGCUCCUUGUUUGGGAUUUAGGGCUUUCUAGCUUAGUCCUUGUGAUCUCUCUUUUUCUUCCUCUUAUUGGCUUCUUUGUUGUGCGGCGUCAAUGGAAGCUCGCUGCUAUGAGAAGAGAGGAGAUCCGGAGACUUCUUAUCCAUGCGGCUGAGGAAGCUGCUAGGGUUGAGCGAGAGGCUUCUUUUGAGUUCUCUUCUGUUCCUGUUCCUGUAACUAAUAGCUUUUAUUGCCCUGUUUGUUAUUGUCCUGCUUUGACUCGUUGCUCUCGUUGCAAAGCCGUUCGGUAUUGUUCCGGGAAAUGUCAAAUUAUCCACUGGCGGCAAGGUCAUAAAGAUGAGUGUCAGCCUGCUUCCAUCAUAUAUAAUACGGACGAUGAGAAGAGUGACUCUGAUUUGAAAUUUGGAGAAGAAAAUAAAGGGCUUACUCAUGAUGAAACUUUGUUGCUGCAUUCUGAAGCAGAUACUGUACCAAUCAGGGAAGAAAUACUUUCUAAUUCUUCCAGAUCUCCUGAAGAUGUGGAUGGAGGAAGUGCAGAUAACAAAGAUGACCUUAUAGAUAAGGAAGAAGCUGUUUCUGUUGCUGAAACAUAUGGAUCCUCGUUUUCUGGCUUUUCCUCCUCACCCCGUAAUGACUCUAGUGAUGAUACUUCUCUUGGUGAGUGCCUUAGUUCAUCUGAUUCCGAGAGGUCGGAGCCAUUGCUGGAUGCUCAUGUUUCUGUAGCGUCAGAGAAGCCCUGUUUCAGAGUUAUUGAUGAUGUUCCAUCUAAGCCGCUGUCUCCUAAAUUUGUGCAUUUGGUUGAGUCUGUAGAUAACCUUGCUAAUUUGCCUAAACCGAAUCUGCUUAAACCUGGGGGUGAUGCUGGGCAGAACCAGAACCAAUCAAGUAGCUUACUCGUUCCGGAUAGGCAUCCAAGAUCAGCUGACCCGGCUCUACUGAAGUCGUCUGAUUUUUGGGGUACGGCUCUUGGAUCAGCAGAAUGUGUAAGUGAGAAUCGUGGAAGUUCUAAAUCUGGUGAACCUGGUAAAUCCUCUCUGCAUGUAUCAUUUGGCUCUUCUAGAGAUACCUCAGCUGCAAAAGUUUCAGAGCACAGAAAAUCCAUUUCAGAAGAAACUCCCAGGGCUCCAUCGGGGACUCCUAAUUUUUAUAAUGAAGUUAAUCGAAAAGAAAGAAGUUCUAAAAGAUCUGAUGAAGCUGGAAUGUCAUUACCAAGACCGCCACGUCCUUCGAACCCUACUGUUUCGUCCACUGUGACCCUUCAAAAGUCAAAGAGCACCAGUACUGGAAGUGGCUGUAUGUUGGCCCCUCCAAAGGUUGAGGUCCUUGGGGAAGUCCAACUUUUGCCUUCCAAGGCCUCAAAUACGAGGGAGUGUGCUGAUGUUGUGAAGCAUUCUCUUCUUGUAGCAAAAUCUGGAAGAGUUCUUGACCAUCAGAAACAGAAUGGUGAUAUAAAUUCUCUAAAUGGUAAAAGUGGUUUGAAGGCAUCAGUACUGAAAGUUGUAGACCAGUGGACUAAACCGAAGUCAUUAGCUGAGAAUGGGAUGGCAGGAAGACAUGGUCAUAAGGGCAUUUUUUCAUAUGAAUUAUUUUCUAAGUUGUAUACGAAUAAAAUUGAGUUUCAGCCUUGUGGCCUCAUCAAUUGUGGCAAUAGCUGCUUUGCUAAUGUCGUCUUCCAAUGCCUGAUGUUCACUCCUCCCCUGACCACAUACUUCCUCCAGCAACAUCAUUCUAGAGCAUGUCCAAACAAAGAACAGUGCUUCACAUGUGGGUUUGAGAACCUGGUCUUAAAGGCAACAGAAUGCAAGUCGUCAUUGUCCCCCGGUGGGUUGCUGUCACAGCUGCAAGAUAUUGGAAUCUCUCUUGGGAAUGGCAAGCAAGAGGAUGCACAUGAAUUCCUUAGGAUUGUUGUCGACACAAUGCAGUCAGUGUGUAUUAAGGCAUCUGAGUACGAUAUGCCAAAGACUAGGAAACUAGAAGAUACAACUCUAAUUGGUUUGACUUUUGGCGGAUACCUCCGUUCAAAGAUUAAAUGCAUGAAGUGUCAAGAAAAAUCUGAGCGGCGUGAGAAAAUGAUGGAUCUAACGGUCGAGAUUGAUGGUGAUAUUAGCACCUUGGAGGAUGCUUUGCGUCGGUUUACAAGAACUGAACUAUUGGAUGGAGAAAACAAAUACAAAUGUGGCAGGUGUAAAUCCUAUGAGAGAGCCAAAAAGAAACUGAAAAUUACAGAGCCUCCGAAUGUCCUUACGAUUGCACUAAAACGGUUCCAGCAGUCAGGGAAAUUUGGGAAGCUCAAUAAGUUGGUCAGGUUUCCAGAAACGCUGGAUUUGGCUCCAUAUGUCAGCGGUGGAAGUGAAAAAUCACAUGACUACAAACUCUAUGGAGUUAUUGUUCACUUGGAUGUAAUGAAUGCAGCAUUUUCUGGACACUAUGUCUGCUAUAUUAGAAACAGCCAAAACAAGUGGUACAAGGCUGAUGAUAAUACGGUGGUAACUUCUGAUAUUGAAAGGGUCUUGACCAAGGGAGCGUAUAUGUUGUUCUACGCAAGGUGCUCUCCAAUACCUCCAAGAUUAGUAGUCUGUAAUAAAAAUGAAGCAUCCACCAAAAAGAAAUGCAGUGUGCCACCGGUACCUAAGACUACUGUGUCACGGCCUGUGUCUUCCGCAACUCCUGUGUGUUCUUCCAACACUCCCGGUGGCGACCGAUCUGGCAAUAUACAGUCGUUUUAUUCCAGCUUCCAGAGGCUGCAGAGAAUUUUAGAAGAGGACUCGUCGAGUGACAGUUCUUCUCUCUUUGACAGCAACUCAGAUGAAUGCUCUUGUAGCACAGACAGUACAAGCAUGGACGACUUCGCUGACUUCAUUUUUGGAGAUCAUCAAGGACGUGCUCACGGACAGUCUGAGGCUCCCUCUCCAACAUCAUCCUCUUCCUCGCCUUCUCCUCCCUUCACAAGGCACUCGCCGCUUGGUGACUCAAGUCGCUAUUCUCCAGUCACUUGCCGAGCCUCCAGACAUAAUCAUUUGCCAGUGGGAGGAGAGAGGUAAGGGAAGCGAUUGUUUUUUUGUCGAUUGGUUCAACUAAGUUAAUGUAGUAUAACAAAGUAGAUUACAUACGUAGAAGGGUUGGUUUUAUAACAAACCUUUUAGGCUUGGUGGGAAGUUGUUACUGAGAAGUGGUAUAUAUAGUAGUGUAUAGUGGGGAAGAGAGAUUUUGCCCAUGAAGAUGUACCACCUUAAUGGAACGGAAUUUACUUUUGUUAAUAAAGUUGUUGUGAUUGUUAUUAA